AUGGCUCGCCGGGGCUGGACCAUAGCCGCUUUCGCUGCGGGCUUUAUCAUAGCAGUGGGGAUGCUCGGCUUCAAGGUUUGGUCCCCUCCGGACCUAGAUAUCUCAAGCGCUGCUCAGAAAAGGAACGACAUUCUGCCAGAGAUCCCUGCUCUGGUACUCCCCUCCACCGUGCUCCCCGCCAAGUACAAACACGACAUCGCUGCCCACCUCCCUUACCCCUUCAUCACCGGACGUCAUAUCAACACUACCGUCCAUCCAAUUCCCACUCUUCUCGCCCUCAACCACACUUCCUCCUCCGACACCCCAGAGUACUCUUCCACAGACGACAAUUUUUGGGGCAAACAAGUCGCCUACACCGCCCCUAGCUACGAGAAGGCAGCGGUUAUUGGCUUUGACUGGGCGAGUGUCACAAGGAUGGACAUGUCUGUGAAGCACGAGCGAUUCGAUCGUAUGCUCUGGAAUAACGGGAAGCCCCAAACGACCUAUUGGGAUACCACGCGCUGGGGUCUCGGGCGAGGUAUUCGUGAACCUUACAACGACUGGAAUAAAGUCACAGGCCGGAUGAGCUUGACCUCUUCUCGUACCGACCUGUUCACAAAGCUUUAUAGAGUUCACUACAGUCUCGUGGGGGUGCAAGACCGCCGGAGAGGGAUAUAUCAUAUCUACGGUUUUCCUCAAGGCUCGCCGCCGAGCCUUGGCAAUGCCACCGAGAUGCUGAGCAAGGCUUUGGGUGAGGAGGGGUUGGAGAGGAAGGUGUCCUCGAAUUUGGCGAAUGUGAGAGACGAUGACCUUCCGACGACGUGGCUUAUGCGAAAGCUCCAAGCACCCACACCCUACUGUCCUCUCCUCAUCCAACUCACCCUCCCUCCCCUCGUCAACCUCUCCAACACACCGACCACCGAUCCAGAGUGGACAAAUGUAGAAUACUACAAUGCACCGCCGGGCUUGGCCGGUGUUGCCGUGGCGGAUGGAUGUGGUUGGACCCUGGGAUUUUCGGGGGGCGUUGAUGCGGAGGGGAUUGCACAUUCAGAUAUGUGGUUCUGGAGCUGGCGUUCCUUCCGUAAACCCUCUCUCAUUUCCACCAGUGACGAGAUGCUCACUGCCAUACCAGACGUUCUACUAUCCUCUGGCCAAGGCUUGACCUCUUUCGCUUUACGCCUCUAUAUAACCUUUGGCCAAGACAAGUCUAUCUCCAAGCAUCUUUCACGGGGCACGCGCUACCUCCUUACAUUGGCGGACUGUUAUAUGUUUGUCAUAAUGCUGGCAAGAGGGUUCUUCGACGGUGACGGGGUGAUGAUCGGGGUGUUGAUGCCGUUCUUCCUGACCGCGGUGGCUAAUCUCAUCAUCUGCUUUGUGGCUGUCUAUUAUAUCGAUGAAAAAUGGAGGAAGGAAGAUAUAGUACGCCCGAAUGCCUCGCCCAUCCCACCUGCGUCGUUCAUCCCUCUUACUCGGCCCCACAACAUACUCGAAGCGUCGAUUUCCAAGUUGGCUACAAACUUUACACUAAGCGACCUCACCAUCAAUUUUCACGCUAUCACCGCCAGCCCUACGGAAGUAGGGAGCUACCCCCAAUGGCCGCUCGUCAUCGUAGCUUGGCAGCUCGUCCAAGUUGGUGUCCUCUGUGCUCAAGACAAUUAUGGUCCGAGAUCUCGAUACGAGGGCACGGCUCCGUGUCGGAUCUGCUCGGGAAGUGUGCAGUUCCCGAUUACCCCUUUGGAUCAUCCUUUCUACACGUCGCACGACACCUAUGUCAAAGAGGAAGGGAAAAGGUUGAAAGAGCAUUCGGAAAAACUGGAAGAGAAAGCGGAAAGAUUGAGAGAGAAAGCGAAAAGUUUGGAAGAGAAGGGGCUUCAAGCGGAAAAGAGGAACGAGGUUUUGGAAGAACUCGAUGGGGUGGGAGGGGGUGGGGUGAAGGAAAAAGGAGAUGACAUCGAGGUACCUCUAGUCGACAACGGAGGCAACGUCGCCAAAGUCAACGCAGUCGAAGCCAGCCUAAAAACAGAGCCUCCAUACCCCUCCGACGUUGAGCCUCCACUCGUUCCCCCUAUCCACGCCGCUCGAGAAGACAGUAAUCUCUUAAGUCCCUCCGAGCUCGCCGACCUCAUCCGAGAAGUUGAAUGGGGCCUUAAAAGAACAAGAAACUUAUUGGCCACGGAUUACGCUAUGGGACCUUGUGGACAUCUUUAUCAUCUAUCGUGCUUGAGAGUGUACCUACUUGAGAAUGGUACCUGUACAGUUUGUGCGCGAAGGCUGCCUGAGUUGGAUGAUUGGAAUGUACUGAAGAAGGGUGAGGAGGAAGUUUGA